AUGAAUGUCCAAGGCUACCCCCUGUACCGCCGAAGGGCCCCCAGCGGGACGGCCGUUAAAAACGGCCACGUCAUCGACGCCCGGGACGUCGUCCCUUACAGCCCCGUGCUGUCGCGCAAGCUGGGUUGCCACUUGAACAUAGAGCACUGCGCUUCUCUCAAGUCCGUGAAAUAUUUCUACAAGUAUAUUCACAAGGGGCACGAUCGCGCCGUUCUCAGCGCGCAGGCAGACGAAGUGCAGCAGUACAUCGACACACGUUACGUCGGACCAUCAGAAUCCACCUGGCGACUGUUGAGUUUUCCUAUACAGAGGAAGUCCCACACCGCCCAGCACUUGGCGGUCCAUCUGCCGGGCCUUCACCGGCUACACUUCCACGCAGGCGGCGAAGCGCAGGCGCUCAGCGACGGCAAGCACACCACAUUGACAGCAUGGUUCGAGCUCAACUCCGCCCCCCCCCCAGAUGGACAGGCACCGGCUCCGCAGGACCUCCUCUACGUCGAUGUGCCCAGGUACUUCACGUGGGACCGAGGCUCCGCGAAAUGGAAACGCCGAUCUGGGAAGACACCGUCGACCGACGUCCUUGGUCGUUUGCAUACGUCCACGCCCGCCGAAGGCCAGCGGUGGCAUCUGCACUUGCUGCUCCUGCACGUCCGCGGAACUGCGUCGCGGGACGACCUCGCUCCACGCAUUGAAGGCGUUCCAGAAGACGCCCGCGCCCAUGACUUCAGGGCUGCUUGCCAGGCGCGCGGUCUCGCUGAGACGGACGAUGAGUACACAACCGCCAUGCUUCCAUUGUUUUUGCGGUUGGGGGCCCAAGGCCUCCGCAACCUCUUCGCCGUCAUCCCCCUGCACUGCAACGUCGGGGCCCCCCGAGAUCUCUACGACAAGUUCGCCGCUGAUCUCGCUGACGACUACACGCGCGAUCACGACGCUGCUACGGCCGCCAACCACGCCCUGGUCCACUUGCAGUCUCUCCUGGCGCAGGCCGGCACGACGCUGGAACACUUCAACCUGCCCCCCCCUCCGGUGAGCCUCGCGCCUGAGAAAAUCCAGCGGGGCCUUCUCCGAGAGCAGGCGCACGGCCGCUGUGCUUGCGCCCAGAGAGCCUCCGAGGCGCGGCCCCAGAUGAACGCAGACCAGGCAGCCGUUUUCGACGCCGUCGCUGCCGCGCUCGCCGAUGGCAACGGCACCUGCAUAUCCCAAAGACUGGGCAGCGGAUUCUUGGACGGGCCUGGCGGCGCGGGGAAGACAUUCGCGCAUCAGGCGGUCCUCGACCUCGCGCGCGGCAAGGGCGAUGUGGCCUUGGCAUGCGCCUGGAGCGGCAUCGCGGCGCUGCUGCUUGAGGGCGGUCGCACGUGUCACAGCCGUUUCGGUCUGCCCGCGCCUCUGCCGGCUGAGGACGCGCAGAGCAACAUUGCCGCCACGUCUGCACGGGCAGAGGCGCUUCGGCGCGCGGCAGUAAUCGUGCAGGACGAAGCGCCGAUGGCGCCCCGAGAGGCACUGCAAUGCGUGGACGACCUCCGGCGCGACUCGAUGAACUCGGACGCCCCCUUCGGGGGCAAGAUCCUGCUCAUGGGCGGCGACUUCCGCCAGGUCCUGCCCGCCAUGCCCAAAGCAUCCCGCGACGAGAUCAUAUCGCACUCCCUGCAGUACCACCAUUUGUGGACUUCGGGCUAUGUCCAGGUCCACUCGCUGACAGUCAAUAUGCGGGCCCGAAGGGACGCGGCGUGGCAAGAGUUCCUCCUGCGAGUUGGAGACGGGACAGAGCCCACGUGCCCACACAUCGGCCCCCAGUCCCUGCGCUUACCCGACGACAUUGCGAUGGCGAGCGACACGCCGCCCACGGAGGCAAGGCUGUCUUCCCCGACCUCGUCGCCCGGAGUGCGAGCUGCGCGCGCCCUGAGCCAGGUGGCACCGCUCGGACCUACUUCUGUGAUCGGGCCGUGCUCACCCCCACGAACGCCUCCGCAGACGAACUCAACGACUCUUUGCUAG